GCUGGGUCCCGUGAGCGCGGCGGGGGGGGGGCGGGGGGGGCGUAAGGACGGAGUAAAGCGGGAGUAAACCCGGAGUAAGGGCGGAGGAAGGGCUGAGGAAGGCCCGCGGAGCGCCGCCGUGCUGUGCCCGCGGCUGGGGGAUGCCGAGCGCCGCCAUGAAGAAGAAGGUGCUGCUGAUGGGUAAGAGCGGCUCGGGGAAGACCAGCAUGAGGUCCAUCAUCUUCGCCAACUACAUCGCCAGGGACACGCGGCGGCUGGGCGCCACCAUCGAUGUGGAGCACUCCCACGUGAGGUUCCUCGGAAACCUGGUGUUAAACCUCUGGGACUGCGGAGGCCAGGACACGUUCAUGGAGAACUACUUCACCAGCCAGCGGGACAACAUCUUCCGCAACGUGGAAGUCCUCAUCUACGUCUUCGACGUGGAGAGCCGCGAGCUGGAGAAGGACAUGCACUACUACCAGUCGUGCUUGGAGGCCAUCCUCCAGAACUCCCCCGACGCCAAGAUCUUCUGCCUGGUGCACAAGAUGGACCUGGUGCAGGAGGAUCAGCGGGAUCUGAUUUUUAAGGAGCGUGAGGAAGACUUGAGGCGCCUUUCCCGUCCCUUGGAAUGUGCUUGUUUUAGAACUUCCAUCUGGGAUGAGACACUCUACAAGGCUUGGUCCAGCAUAGUCUAUCAGCUGAUCCCCAAUGUCCAGCAGCUGGAAAUGAACCUGAGGAACUUUGCUCAGAUCAUCGAGGCAGACGAAGUGCUUCUGUUUGAGAGAGCCACUUUCCUGGUCAUUUCUCACUAUCAGUGCAAAGAACAGCGGGAUAUCCACAGAUUUGAGAAAAUCAGCAACAUUAUUAAACAAUUCAAGCUAAGUUGCAGUAAGCUGGCCGCUUCUUUCCAGAGCAUGGAAGUGAGGAACUCUAACUUUGCUGCUUUUAUUGACAUCUUCACCUCAAACACAUACGUGAUGGUGGUUAUGUCGGACCCUUCAAUACCUUCUGCAGCUACGCUGAUCAACAUCCGCAACGCCAGAAAACACUUCGAGAAGCUGGAGCGAGUGGACGGACCAAAGCACAGCCUGCUCAUGCGCUGAGCGCCGGCCGACGCACCUGGUCGUUGGGGGGAGAAAAAGUGAAUCGGAACUACUUUUUUAGGAGAAUCUAACAAUGUGGAUGUCUUUGUGGGUUUUGAAAUGAGUGUGCUGCUUACCACCGCAAUCUUCUUUAUUGUUUCUCCUUUUAACGUUGGACACUAGUCACUCGGAUGAUGUCUGGAUACACUGCGGACCUUCAAAAGAGACUUCCUGGCGUGUGUGGGGUUGGGAAGAAGUAAGGACAGGUGAUGUGCACGUGGUCUCAUGCUCCUGGCUGUCAUAGUGGCACGUGGCAGAGCCUUUCUGGAUGUUCUGCUCCCAGGUGAUUGUAUAAAUCACAGGGAUGGAGUAUUUACUAUUUUAUUGGUAGGUUGCUAGAAUACAUUUAUAAAUUUCUCCUUGUCUUCAGUCACGAAAAUAAAUUUUUUGCUACCGGGGAUUUCAGAUCCUAGAGCUUUGGACACCGUGGGCUUGCUUUCUUCUAAAACCCGGGGCAGCCUUGGCAAGCAGACGUGCCCUCGCUGCCUUUCCCCUUCCCCAGCCUCUGGGGAGUGCCAGCUGAAGGUCGCUCCAGAGUUUCCCCUCGAGAUUUUAAUUUUUUUCUCCAUAUUGAGGCAAAAUUCACUGAGCAGGUGAAGCAGCUGGGAUGCCGUUGGCCUCUUGAUGCUUCCCGAGGUGACGGAAGGUGGCAGCGAGGUGUUCCUGGCGUCCCUGCCCAUCUUGCUGGGGCUGCCGUGGGCAUGCAGGAAUUGUUGGAGCGCGGUGGCUGGGGGCUGUGCGUGCAUGAGCGACGGGAGCCGUGUUCGUGGCGGGCCACUCGGACGGCGUUCGGCACCGGGGUGGCUGUGGCACUGUCUAUUUUUAAUGAGGUUUGAUGCCAUUAAACACAGGAGGAGCAG